AUGUCGGAUCUGGAGCCUGGGCGCCCUGGGCGCGUGUCGAGGUGCCAUCUGCGCACCAGGCAUGUGGCGGCUGCUGCCUUUGCGAUGACCUGUGCAGGGCCCUUUGGUGUCGAGGCAGCCGUUCGCUGCUUCGGCCCCACCGCAUUCUUUGUGGGCUUGACAGCUACUAUGAUAGGCUAUGUGCUGCCACAAAUCUUCAUGACCUGUGAACUGUCCAUGAUGCCGCCGCUGAGCAACAGCGGGGUGGUCACUUGGAUCUCCCGUGCCUUUGGGGCCAAAGUGGGGGAGUGCAUCGGGCUAAAUAUGCUGUUGUACCAAGUGGUCGACCUUGCUACCUACACCACGGUGAUUGUUGGCUAUGCCCAGUCGGCGGGCUACGAGGUGGCAGCUUGGCUGCCCAGGCUGGCCCCUUUGCUUGCCAUUGCCCUGGGCCUAGCUGUGAACUUGAUGGCCUUGGACAUGGCAGCUGAAGUCUUCAUGGUUGUGCUGAUGCUGGUUAUGUUGCCGUUCGUGGUGGCUUUGCCAUGGUCAGCACCGCACUUUGGACUGGCUUGGGAUCAUACCUUUGACAGUCAAAUGAAAACUACGAAGGACCUGAACCUCUUCCUAUCAUCUUUGAUCUGGCUGAACACCGGCUGGGACUCUUUUGGUAACCUUGCGGAGGACGUGGCAGGGCCCAAAGACUUGGUCCAUGGCCUGCUGUGGGCGGCGCUCGCGGCGUUUGUGGUCUAUGUCCUUUGCACCUUCCAAGCGCUUGGCCACGAUGGUGCCUGGCAGGAUGGCUAUCUCAGCCUCGCGUACCGACGCCUUUGGGCGCCGAGUCUCGGCAACCCCAUGCUGGGGAUUUGGGUUUGCGUCUCCGCAGCCUUGUCCAAUUCCUUGCUCUACACCUCUGAACUGGCAGGGUUUGUCCCAAAGUUGCGGAAGUUGGAAAUUCACAAAGUGUGGCUCCAAGCCAUUGAGUUUGGGGCAUCUCACGAUAGCCUCCAGGCAGUGGUGAGCCGCCUAGUGCAAGCAUUCGGAGGGAGUUCUCCUGAUGCUCCACAACUGCUUCCGAGCUUCUUUAGGAAAGAGCUGUCCACAGGAGCCCCAAUCGUGGCGCUGCUUGUGAUGACGGCCAUCCAGCUGUUUUUGCUACUUCUGAGCUUUGCAGCUUGA